GAUGAGUCGUUUAUUGGUCGCGGGUGUAUAAAAGCUUGGUUGUUCGUGGGUGGAGUUGUUAAAGCUUUGGUGAUAUCAAUUCGGUAUAUGUCGGAUGUGCAAAGGUUAAGAGCAUAUAAAAAUGUAUAAAGUAUUUUUGCUGCUUCUAGCAGUUUUCAGCAUCUCAGUAUAUGGACAAAGGAGGCCACCUUCAAUUCAACCAGGUCAGAUCAUUAAGAUUAUCAAACAAGAAUCAGAUCUGAGUCCUGAUGGAUCAUAUCACUGGAGCUAUGAAACUGAAAACGGUAUAGCUGCUCAAGAGCAAGGACAAUUAAAAAACCCGGAAGCCAUGGAGGCGCAAGGAUCUUUCCAGUACACAGCUGAUGAUGGUACUCCAAUACAAGUUCAGUACGUUGCGAAUGAACUGGGUUUCCAACCUCAAGGUGCUCAUUUUCCAACACCUCCUCCAAUUCCACCCGCCAUAUUGAGGGCUCUGGAGUACAACGCUGCUCAUCCAGAACAAGAUGAUUCGGACAAGCCUCAACGUUUGGGAUGAAACGACACGUAACUCAACCCACAUCUGCUGUGAUUGUAUAUAAAUGAUGCCAUGGUUAAUGCUUGGUUUAAUAAUAUAUUUGUACAAGAUGAAAUGUGCUCAAUAAAAGCAAAUUU